AUGACCACGUCAACAUUACGCGCCGUCGCCUUGACUUCGGCUUUCGUUCUCCUCGCCUCGCCGGUGGCUGCCCAGGACGACUCCGGUGCGACGCCCACGAGUGCACCCAAGGCCAUCACCACGUUAGGCUGCUACAACCACCCUGACCCGCUCACAGUUCAAGGGAAUUACGACUUUCAAAGUUCAGGGUACUGCCAAACACAAUGUGUGACCAUGAACAAGCCUGUCAUGGCCAUAACGGGAGGCUCGACCUGUUAUUGUGGUGAUGAGAUACCUGCUUUGGACCAAGAGGUUGAUCAAGACAAAUGCGAUACCGUGUGCGCUGGCUACGGGUUAUCAACCUGCGGCGGGAUUGGGUACUGGCAGGUUUACCUGACUGGAUUGACUGGAGACGUGGAGACCGCCCCCAACAGCACGUCGAGUACGAGCUCAUCUUCUCCACAAGGUACCGCGGGUUCUGGUUCAACUAGCACUCAGCCCGCGGUUGUGACCCAGCCCGGCCAAACCGUCGUGGUAACUCAGUCUGCCUCCGCUCUUGCCAGCCAAGACAAGUCGUCCGGCGGCUCCAACAAGGUCGCCAUUGCCGUUGGCGUUGUUGUCGGUAUUGUUGGUCUUGCCGGCAUCAUAGGAGGCGUUCUGCUCUACAUGAGACACAAGCGGAAUCGCGAGAUUGAAGAAGAACACCGCCGUAAUGCGGCUGUGAGCUCUUUUGUCGGCUCCGCGGCGUCGGACAAGUCUUCGACGGACCAACGACUCGAUCCAUCCAUCUACUCACAUCGCCGACAAAGCAUUGGCAGCAUUGCUGAUGAGAGGGACUUUUCAAGGAGGAUAUUACAGGUAUGUUGA